AUGCCUGGUCGCGUCGGUCACGUUCCGGUCCGACCACGUGAAGGCGAGACCAGAGGCACCGGCCUCAUCAUUCGCCUUCAACCUGUCGAGACCUCGCUGAAGGACCCGACGACGCCGCAAUGUACCUGGCCGACGGAUUCAUGGGAGCCUCUCGGACGGACCAGUGACGCACCUCGUACAGCUCGCAGCCUGUAUCCCGGCUGGAGCAUACCAGCCAGCACCGCCGCCCAAGGCGAACUUCCGACCAUCAUUUGCGACAAUCACAUUGCCGAGGAAACGAGCAGGCGGGUCGACCAGGUCGAAUCUGCACUGUUGGCGGUGUCGAGGACGACGGGGAUCGACCGAACGCAAAGUUUGCGUGGUCUGGGAACGGGUACUGACUCGUCAAUCGUGGACAGGGUGAAGACGCUGAUCUGGGAGUAUAGGCAGGAAGGGACGAUCGGGGAUGAGAAGCUGCAAGAGUUGGUCACUGAUAUUGGAACCUGGAUGCGAGAGACUGAGAAGACUGGGGCGGUCAAUGAGUGGGAAGAGCUGAGGAAUUGUCUGACGGCGGUGCAGCUGAUCGGGUCGGCGGUGUCGACAAACCAGAAAGUCCGGUGUCUUCAAGGGGGACACGCCGAUUGA